AUGUCAUGUCCCUGCUUUUUUCUCACCCUUACUCUGUAUCUUCUCAUUCUCUCCCUUAUCCCUCUCAAUACAAUUAAGAUUAUCCAUUAUCUCCCUGCUUUCUUCUCACCCACUCUGUAUCUUAUCAUUCUCUCCUUAUUAAGAUUAUCCAUUAUCUCAUGCUUCUGCUUUCUUCUCACCCUUACUCUGUAUCUUAUCAUUUUCUUAUCCCUCUCACAAUUAAGAUUAUCCAUUAUCUCAUGCUUCUGCUUUCUUCUGUAUCUGUAUCUUAUCAUUCUCUCCCUUAUCCCUCUCAAUGCAAUUAAGAUUAUCCAUUAUCUCAUGCCUCUGCUUUCUUCUCACCCUUACUCUGUAUCUUAUCAUUCUAUCCCUUAUCCUCUCAAUGCAAUUAAGAUUAUCCAUUAUCUCAUGCUUCUGCUUUCUUCUCACCCUUACUCUGUAUCUUAUCAUUCUCUCCCUUAUCCCUCUCAAUGCAAUUAA